AUGUUACGCGCCCCGUCCCCUAGUCGCGCGCCCUGUCCCGUCGCCGCGCCGCCCCCCCCCUGCCCCACCUCGUCGCGAGCCCUACCCACCGCCACGUCGCGCGCCCUGCCCGUCGUCGACGUGCGCAGCUGUCCCGCCGUCGACGCGCGCGGCCUCCCCGCCGUCGACGCCUGCGCGCGUGUUUUGCCCACCGCCCUCCAUCUCCCCGGCCACCCUUCCCUCCUCGCGGCCACCCUCCCAUACCCUCUCGUGGGCGGCCUGCGUCACCUCCCUGCAGGCGCCUUCCCCUCCCCUCGUGGUGCGCCUUCUUCUGCCGUUUCUGCACCACCUCCUCCUUCUCCCCUCACCCCAUCCGCCUCUUCACCCUCCUCCUCCUCCUCCUCUCCUCAUUCUUUCCUCCCUUCCGUGCCUCUCCUCCCUUCCUCCACCUCCUUCCCCUCCACAUCUGCCACCUGGCUGCGUAUUACUACUUGCCACUUGGUGAUCGUGACCCUACUUCCUCCCCACAAUCCGCUCCUUCACCCUCCUCCUCCUCUUCUCUCUCCCUCUGUUUCUCCCGCCCUCUCACCUCUUCCUCCGCCUCUCUUCUCUCCCUAA